GAAGAGGACGAAACUAGCAGAACUUAAGAGAGCGAGAGCUGAGAGGAAGAAUGCUAUAAGUAGUACGAACAGAGGUCAACUUGACAAUGUAGCUGAACUACCAAGCAACACAGACUAUAGUCGGAUAGGGAAGAAAGAAAUAGACGAACUCGUAGCAUCCCUCCUUGGCUCUAACUCGGUACUUAGCGAUAGCACUAACAUUGUGAAGAAGCCAGAACAAACUGAAGUAACGAAAGUUGAAUAUACCCAAGCACCUAGAGCUCAAGUUGAAUUACAAUCAGUAGAUCAAGAAGUCUUCAAGUUACCCUUGAAAGAAAUAGUCACUUACAAUAAAGAAGUACAAACAGCUAGUAUACCCAUUGAUGGAGACGAUACACUUGGUGAUGCAGGCGUAGGAACUGAGACAGCUGAGGAGCUUAAACAGCGUAUGCAGAAAGAAGAUGAAUUACGCGUUGAACAUGAGAAAAAUCUCGCUGAGGAAGAAGCAGCCAUACAAAAAGAGAUUGAGCAGGAGAUACAUGAACUCACUGAAGAAGAGCGUCUGGCUGUAUAUACCUCGCCAGACUUUGGUGAUUUCGUAGAGAGCUCUUCAAAGAUCAUUCAGCGAGCAUUAUCAGACAAUUAUGACAUAACGAGGGAUUAUCGCAUGGCUAUGGACUCAGCUACACAUGAGAGUGAAUCGCGCAAUAUGAAGCUUUUGUGUUCUUUCGCAGAUGACCGAUGGACAAAAAACCGCUCGGUCACGGCCGUUGAUUGGUCUCAUAUUUUCUCUGAACUCAGUUUGGCGGCGUAUAAUAAGAAUACCGCGUCUUUCAACGAUCCGAAUGGUAUUGUUGCAAUCUGGAAUAUGCACUUGCUAGACAGACCUGAAUUCGUGCUGCAUUCCCAAUCUGAUGUACUCAGUGCGACCUUUUCACCCUUCCACGCGAAUCUUAUCUUUGGUGGUACCUAUUCGGGCCAAAUAUUGUUAUGGGAUACACGUGCAAAGAGUACGCCAGUAUUGAAAACACCAUUAAGUGCUACGGGACAUACACAUCCCGUUUAUGAUAUGCAAGUCGUCGGUACGCAAAAUGCCAACAAUCUUAUGACAACGAGUACGGACGGUUUGGUAUGUAGUUGGACGGUCGACAUGCUGGCACAGCCACAGGAAAGCUUAGAGUUAUCAAGGACGGGUCAUAACAAGACCGACGAGGUUGCAAUCACAUGUCUUGAUUUACCACACGCUGAAACAAUGUCAUUCUAUGUCGGAACAGAAGAGGGAGCUAUAUAUCAUGCUCAUAGACAUGACAGAGCUGGCGUCAAAGCUGGUGUUGAUCAUAAUGAGAUAUACGCCGGACACAACGCGCCAAUCAAUUCCUUGAAUUUCCAUCCAUUGUAUCGUACAACAACAAACGCGAUAGAUUUCACUGACUUGUUCCUCACGACAUCGCUCGAUUGGACGAUAAAGUUGUGGUCAACCAAGGGAUCGCCAGCUGUAAAUGGGCAGCAACAGCACCACAAUCCAUUGCAGACGUUCAACGAGCACACCGAUUGCGUAUAUGAUGCACAGUGGCAUCCACAUCAUCCUGCGGUAUUCGGGUCCGUCGACGGUUGUGGAGAGUUUAAACUAUGGAACCUUAAUAUGGAUACCGAGGUACCGAUCAGUAACGCGAGCCCGUCAAAUAAAGCAAUAAACAAGAUGUCUUGGGAGAGAAAGGAAGGUAAGAGGGUCGGACUUGGCUCAAGCGAUGGUAAUCUUUAUGUAUAUGACAUUGGAGAUCAGGCAACACUCAGAGGAGGCACAACGGAGUGGGAUGAUUUCCAGAGUGUUGUAAACCAUUUAAAGAAAACGUCUAUACAUUAGCUAUAGCAGAACCCUGCCACCGUGCAGGUGAUGAUAAACUCGAAUUGGCGAUUUAGAUGGAAGUGAAUAAUAUAAGAAAUAUAAAUAAUAAUAGAUUGUAAUGAA